AUGAGAUUCUUGAUCUUUAAUCUCGUUCUGGCAUAUAUUUUUUUGCUACUUGGACUGGUUACAGGUUACUCAGUACAUUCUUAUACCACCUACGAAUCAACCACACUCGAAGAUGUGACAAUUAAUACCCCGUCCCAUAAAGUAACACUGCGGACGGAAUUCUCUCUCACAUUUCGGAUCUCCAACCAAGAUCCGGAGUUCAAACUACACCUGGAACCUAACCAUGAUAUCUUCGUCCAAGCCCCGCAUAUUCGCCACCUGGACGCUAGCGGCGAGAUCCAACACACAGAAACGCUAGAUGGCACGCAGCAUAGAGUCUUCAAGGGAACGGUCUGGGCUCGCUUCGGAAAUCUGGAGUGGCAGAAGAAAGGUUGGGCUAGAGUAUACGUGCUUCAGGAUGGAGAGAAUCCCAUUUUUGAAGGCGCGUUUAUGAUCUUGGGUCAGCGGUACCGGGUUGAGGCUAUCUCAGAAGAAGAAGAUGGGGGUAUGGAAGACGGCCUAUCGCAUAUGGUCGUGCAUCAUGAUGCGAGAAGGGGCUUAGACAGCGUGGGAGAGACAUGUGCAGCUGGUCGGAUGCCGUCGAUUCCCGGGACGAGUGAUAUCCUCAUGGACAACAUCGGCAUGAUCACUGGCUCCACGGACCAGCACCUAGGGAAACGCCAGUUUGGUGGUUUCAACCCCGGGGAUCUGACAGACAGUAUCGGAAGUGCAGAGGGAUGUCCGACAACGAGGCGAGUAGCGUUGGUCGGAAUCGCGACGGACUGUUCGUACACAGCGGCGUUCAACUCGACCGAAUCGGUGCGUCGAAACCUGAUCAACAUGGUAAACACGGCGUCGGAGGUAUUCGAAAGUACAUUCAAUAUCUCACUGGGUCUCCACAAUGUGACUAUCAGCGACGCGAGCUGUCCGAACAGUGCAUCGGACUCGACGCCGUGGAACGUCGAGUGUUCCGAGGGAGACAUGGACUGGCGACUGCGACAGUUCUCAUCCUGGCGAAGAUCGAUUGAUGACUCCACCAAUGCCUACUGGACACUCAUGACGACUUGUCGGACCGGCGGAGAGGUCGGAGUGUCAUGGAUCGGGCAGCUGUGCAACUCGCGAAUGAGCACGAAUGUGGUGGCUCGAACGUCCAACGAAUGGCAGGUCUUUGCCAUUACGGCAGCCACGAGUCCGCCCACACAUUCGGAGCCGUCCACGACUGCGUCACUUCCACAUGCCCUUCGUCACGAGGGCAAUGUUGCCCACUAUCCGCGUCCACGUGCGAUGCAGACGCCCAGUACCUCAUGA